AUGCUCACCAUCCUCGCUUUCGUGCUCGUGGUGGGCACGCUCGUCGUCGUCCACGAGUUCGGCCACUUCCUCGCGGCGCGCUUCAUCGGAGUCCGCGUGGAGACCUUCUCGAUCGGAUUCCCUCCCAACAUCUACCGCCGACGGGUGGGUGAUACCGAAUGGACCAUCGGGCUGCUGCCGCUCGGCGGCUACGUCAAGAUGGCAGGAGACGCGCCGGGGCAGGGCGGGAGCGACCCUGCCGAACUCCAGAAUCGGACCCGCGGCGAACGCCUCGCCAUCCUCUUCGCCGGCCCGGCCAUGAAUUUCGUGCUGGCGGUGGCCAUCCUGUCGGGGCUUUUCUAUUUUGGGAUGGAGCGGCGGGUGGGCCUUUCCGAUCCCCCGGUCGUUUCCUACGUUGCCGAGGGAUCUCCGGCCAGCGUUGCCGGUGUUCGGGCCGGAGACCGGAUCGUGGCGAUUGCCGGGGAGCCGGUUCCCGACUGGCGCACCGCGAUGGAGCAGAUCAUCGUCCGGCCGGACCAGGAGGUCGUUUUCGCGGUGGAGCGAGCUGGAACGCCCACGCAGUUCCCGGUCACGGUGGCUUCCGUGGGGCCCGACGCGAUGGGCUACGCGGGGAUCGGACCUCCCGCGCCGCCAAUCAUCAAUGCAGUCAAACCCGGCAGCCCCGCGGAGGCGGCCGGCAUUCGUCCGGACGAUCUCAUCGUUCGGGUGGACGACAUCCGGGUGGGAAGUACCAACGAGGUGGCGGCGUUCGUGCGCUCCGCCGGGACCCGGGAGAUCUCCCUUGGAAUCGAGCGAGCCGGCAGGGAAAUCGUUGUUCCGGUCACGCCGCAGCUCGCUGAGAAUCCGGAAGGCGGCGAAGCUUCUCCCCAGGUCGGUGUGUACUUUCGGCUGCCCUUCCGCACAGUGAGGGCGGAAUCGAUCCCGGACGCGCUACGGGAAGCGGUCGCCGAGACCGCGCGCUGGGGAAGCCUCACUGUCGGCCAGCUCGGCCGCGUCGUUCGGGGGCAGGGCUCACCACGCCAGUUCUCGGGCCCUAUCGGGAUCGCGCAGGCGUCCGGCGACGCCAUCCGACGCGGUCCCACGGAAGUACUGUUGCUCAUGGCGAUCCUGAGCCUGAGCCUUGGAGUGCUCAACCUGCUGCCGAUUCCUGUCCUCGACGGUGGGCAGAUCGCCGUGCUGCUCGUGGAAUCGGCGGCCCGUCGCGAUCUCAGCCUCGGAGUGCGGAAGGGGCUGAUGGUCGCGGGCGCCGCCUUCAUGUUGCUGGUCUUCGUGCUGGUGAUCUACCUGGAUCUCUCGAAGACCGGACUGCUGGGAUCCACUUUCGGCGCCUCGCCGCCGCCUCCGCCGACGCCCUGA